UCAGCUAUGUCUGGGCGCGGGAAGCAGGGUGGCAAAGCGCGCGCUAAAGCUAAAUCCAGGUCGUCUAGAGCUGGCUUGCAGUUCCCGGUGGGCCGAAUCCACCGCCUGCUCCGCAAGGGCCACUACUCGGAGCGGGUCGGGGCCGGCGCGCCCGUGUACCUGGCGGCCGUGCUCGAGUACCUGACGGCCGAGAUCCUGGAGCUGGCGGGCAACGCGGCGCGCGACAACAAGAAGACGCGCAUCAUCCCGCGCCACCUGCAGCUGGCCAUCCGCAACGACGAGGAGCUCAACAAGCUGCUGGGCCGCGUGACCAUCGCGCAGGGCGGCGUCCUGCCCAACAUCCAGGCCGUGCUGCUGCCCAAGAAGACCGAGAGCCCCCCCAAAGUCCAGAGCAAGUAAUCUCCAAGUCCUGAAUCGCAGUGAGUGACCUGAACGUUGGGAGAAGAAAAACCAAAGGCUCUUUUCAGAGCCACUCAAAUGAUCAGUAAAGGCUGUGCAUAAACUGCCAAAUAUGUGAGGUGUUUUCCUAUAUGUACCUGUACCAUGAAUCUCGGUAGAAAUCCCAGCACUUCAAAAUGACUUGGUUCUGCUAACGGGUUCUUUUGAGUUUUAAAGCUGUUAAGGCUGAACAAGCCUUCCUGGUAAGUGGUCAGCUAGGACUUUCUGAGAGCGCAGGGGGAGGGCCAGAGAGAAGGAGGGAGAAUCUGAAGCAGUCUCCAUGCUCAGCGCAUCGCACUGCAGACUUUGAUCUCACCACCUGACCUGAGUAUCAUGACCUGAGCGGAAAUCAAGAACGCUUCUCCUAACCGACCGACUGAGCCACCCAGGCGUCCCAGACAGCAAAGUGUUUAGUCACCACAUGCCAGAGUGACUGGGAGGAGGAACUGCAAUUACACUAUCAUUACAACCACCACUUCGUUUCUGAGCCGGUGUGAACAGGUGACAUUUUUUUGAGACAGCACGCAUGUGAGAGAGCAUAGGGGAGGGGCAGAGGGAGAGUGAGAAUCCCAACCAAGCUCCACACUCCGCCUGAGCCCCACCUGGGCUUGAUGUCUGGACCCAUAUAUCAUGACCUGAGCUGAAAUCGAGCCCCACACUUAACCCAUUGAGCCACCCAGGCG